CCGGGAUUUUCAAGGCGCUUUUUGUACUCUAGGUGGGGUUCCGUGAGAGGCUUUCCGUACAACCAGGAAUGGCUUUUGCACCACGUGAUCUUUGAGGAGGAGCCGGCGGCGGGUCAUUCGCGGGGCGUCUACCUUGCUAACCGGCAGCAUGGCCGCGCGGAGGACACCGCAUGGGUUUAAUUUGCUCCUGGAGGAAGAGGCGGGCUGCCGUGUCUUGCAUCCCACGGAGGGGAGAAUUUCAGCGGUUUGUGCAGAGUCCAGCUAGGUAUUGAUUUCCAGAUCUCAAGCAAUGUGCUUCGUUACACGCGAAGAAGUCCAGUGCAUCGUGUCAAAAGGUCGUAUCCCCGCUUCUGCGUAAUUCCCAUCGCCAAAGUCAGAAAUGAAGAAAGAAGUCCUGAGUGCCCUUGGAAGAAGAAGCCCAUCCAAAUGACAAAUAUGCUUAGCCUAAGACGUUUUUCUCCAAUUGCAACAAGAUGUUUUAACUGUCGAACUUGGAGCAGCGACACUUUGUUGAAUCAACUCAAUAACUUUACAAAUGAACACCAAGUGUUCAAUCUUGUUUCCAAGAACAGAGCCAGACUCUCUGAAAAACAUGUGAAAAGUGCAAUUAAGAAACUUGUGCAGGUGCAAAGGAAGAGGCCUUGGUCCUCAGAAACCAUGGCUUACAUAAGAAGUCAUUCUCAGUUUUUUGUACUUCGCAUCUUGGCAGAAAAUAAGAUUGAAUGUAUGGAUAAUGAAGCAUUGAUAGAUGUGUUAUAUAGCAUGCUCUGGUUUGAUGUUGAUGCCCAUGACUCACUUGUAGAAGAGUUGGUUAUAGAAGGCUGGAAGCGAUUAAAUGAACUGACUCCACCUCUGCUCUCUAAAUUUGCAUUGUGUGUACAUGAACAACAACUACAUCAUAGUCCACUCAUGGGUGAUAUAGCUGAUAUGGCAGAUAAGAAAUUGGAUUCCAUACAGGAUUCAAGGGCUUUGUCCGUUGUAAUGAACUGCAUAUCUCCUGUUAUCUCAUGGAAUUUUAAAAAACGGUUAAUAGAAAAAGCAGAAGGCUUGUUUGAAAGAACAAACAUCUCAGUCAAUGACGCCAGGCGAUUUGUACAGUUUCUCCGGAAUGUCGGUUUUCUGCACUGGCCGCUGGUGAAAAAAUGUAACAGCAUUUUUAUACAGCAUUCACAAGAGUUACGGGUUGAGGACAUUUCUAUCAUUCUUGGACUCUACCAGAAUUUACAAUUCAACAGCACUGAAUUUAGAUUACUUGCCAAAGAAAAGCUGAUAGAACUUAAGGACAAUUGCAGUAGUCCGUUGAAUAUCAUGCAAUUGUUUAUUCAUCUUGCACCCAUGGUACAACAAGAGAUGCAAAAAGAGUUAAGUGAAAAGAUCCUACUAAUCGCAGAUGAUUUGGAUCGAUACCAAACGUUAAUUGUGGCGGAAAAAAUGCAAGAAGUACAAUACAGAAAUCCACUACUGAUUCAAAAGAUUAUAUCCCUCUUUCACAAAUACUUGGAUCAGUAUAAACCAUACGAGCUUUUGAGAAUGACAAAUGUGCUAGCCAUGCUGCAUUGGCCCAAAUCUGACCUAUAUUCCAAAUUACAACAAUUGACAAUCUGCCAUUUACAAGUUAAAAGAGUCCCCGCUGAUGUUCUCAUGCUGGUCCACGUUCUCUCUAAUCUUCCUUCUCCUUAUGUGGAUGAAGCUGUAGUUACUCAAAUUAAUGCUGUCCUACCUCAGUGCAAUCUGAAUCAGCUCAAUAGCUUUACCGUAGAUCUCCUAAAAUGGAUGAAACAUCAUAAGCCGAAUCAGAAAAGCUAUUCCGGACCAUACGGGACACUUUUGCAAAAAGUUAACAAUUGCGCAUUUCAGAGACUUGAGAGAAUGAACAAUUUGGAUCUUUUGCUGAAGGAAUUCAGAUACUUAAACGGGAAAUGGUUUCAGGAAGUGCUUCUCGGGAAGACCAUAGCUGCUUUACGUCAGUUGCGAGAUCAGAUCACACCAUCAAAUGUCGUGAAGUUUGCAUCCUUUCUGAUUGGAACCAACUAUCGCUGUCCACUGUUACUGGACAGAAUAGCUGCAGUUGCCACCGAACAUAUUGAUCAGAUUUACUAUUCAGAAGUACAUGUUAUUCUUGUUCUAUUUUCUUUAUUUAAUUAUGAACCCCCUGAACCUGAGAAAUUUUUUGAGGCUUGCAUUAACCAUAUCAGUCUUCACUUGGAACAUUUUGAGCCUUCUCUCCUUGUAUUGCUUGGUUUCGCAUUGGCUUCUUCUGGGUAUUUUCCACAGAAUGUGAUAACGGCUAUAUUUAAUAUAGAGUUUCUCUCCAAGUUGGAUGCUGAGCUUCAAAUUCUACCAUGGAAAUCAGCAAGGAAGUCCUCCCUCCAGCUGAUGGAGCUGAAUCGAGCUGUGUGUUUGGAGUGCCCUGAGCUUCAGAUUCCAUGGUUUCAUAAACGCUUCUGUGAACAGAUGAAGGAAAAAAAGACUGAUUCGUCCAGUCUGUUGCAACAGCAGAUAUAUAUACUACUUGGAGAAAUCCUAGGAAGAAGCCAUUAUGCCAGAUGUUCUGCACUCACGUCUUACUACUAUAGAAUUGAUUUUGAAUUUAUGAUUGGCAAAAACAGGAAACCUGUGCCAUAUAUAGACCAACAUGCUGCCGUUCCUAAUUCAGACAACAUAGGUUGUGCAGAAGCUAAUCACUCCUGUGGAAGGAAAGGGCUACCAUCAGGAUUUCAAAGGAUUGCUGUGGAAUUCCUUGAUUCAGAAGCUUUCUGCAAAAAUUCAAAUCACGUCAAAGGAUAUAUUGCCAUGAAAAAGCGGCAUUUAGAGAUUCUUGGUUAUCAAGUUGUUCAGAUCCCUCACUAUGAAUGGAAUUCCAUGGGAUUGUCAUCCACAGAAGCAAAGACUGAAUAUUUAGAAAAGAAAAUAUUUGAAAAGCUUUGAUAUCCUAGUAUGGAGAAAAAAAUAACAAUUUUUAUACGGACUGUAACAUUGAAAAUUAAUUAUUUUUAGCCUUCAAUAAACUUUUUUUUUAAUGAAGACUAUGUUGCAUCUGGAGAUUUCGCAUUUGGAAUUGCAGAGGGCAAAGUGCAUUGCACAAUUUACAUUUCUUGCACAAGGUGUGACCAUUUUUGGCCUAGCAAAUUACCUAAGCCGUAGUUAUAAAAAUUGACCACCAGGCUACACAGCACAUGAGCCUAUCCUUGAGGAGUGCUUAGAAGUUGCUUUUGU